AAUUCCAAUAUGCUCACAUUCGACGGUUUCUUAGGCCGUUUUCCUUGGCAAUGAUAAACAUGUGUAAUGUCAACGUCGACCGUUGAUAACCGAUAACUGUAUGCUUAAGUACACCAUUUUGUCGGUUACUUUUGACCGUGGCGAUUUCCAGCAACAAAGGUGGGUGACCAAAACACUUGCCGACGCUCUGGAUAAUUACUUACCGGAUGGCGGACAACUUUGUGAACGUCACGGACAAACGUACCGAGAAGGGCUCAAAGACUUUAAGCUUUGGGCCACCCGAAUGUACGAUUCAUCGUCUAAAUUUCCAACUGGCAUUCUUGCCGGCCGAUCGUUUGAUUUUGGACACUUUGACGAAUGUUUGGAAACCGACACGACCGGACUGGGAUUCCAACCACAGUAUUGCAUUGUAAAUAUCCGUUUUUCACCUAGUCCUCGACUUUAUCCGGAUUUCUACAACACUUCAUCGCCAAAGUCGAGCCCCAACGUUUCAGCGUGGGAAGCCACCAAGUUCGAUCCGAAUCCGGCUAAAAUUCAACGCAACGAGAUCAACACGGCCAUUUGCGUACCUUCCUCGUGUACUCCUUCGGAAUUGCAAAAUUCGUUGUCUUCCAAAGUAAUUACUGCGUUUGCAGAACAGAGUAUCGAUGCUUAUGUCACGGUCAACCCAGUGUAUUGUACCUCACCGGAUCAUCAACCGCCAAAGUUAUUUGGAUAUAAAAUAUUUUGGGGCUUUGUUUUGUUUAUUGUCGGAAUAACAAUUGUGGGCACGCUAUACGAUGUGUUCACGUUAAAAGAAAACCAAUCAAAAUUAAAAACAUUUUUCGUGAUAUUCUCUUUUAAAGCCAACACCGAUCGACUGUUUUUGGCUAAUAGCAAAUCCGAAGACUUGUCCGGCAUUAAUUUUAUAAAAACAUAUGCGUGUAUAACCGUCAUACUGGGCCACAGAUUGAUCUAUACCGUAGGCCAACCUUUGCAUAAUCCUAAAAACGUCGAAGAAACAGCCGACCAAUGGUCGCACGCCUUGCAGCGCAACGGAGCGCUGAUCGUCGAUAUGUUUUUUGUAAUCAGCGGUUUUUUAACGUUCCAUUUCCUCUACGAAGAAUUGACUAAAACCAAAAAGUUCAACUUGACGAUGCUCCUCAUUUGGAGAUGGUUAAGAGUUAUGCCGUUGUACGGUUUGCUAAUAGCGUUCCAUACGUUUGUGUUGGCACACCUGACGAACGGUCCACUAUGGAAAAAAUUAGCCGUUAGGGAAUCUGAGUAUUGUCAGCAAAAUUGGUGGACAAACGUGUUGUUUUUAAACAACUACGUGAACUCAAACCGACCGUGUAUGAUACAGUCUUGGUAUUUGGCGUGCGACAUGCAUUUCUUCAUUGCCGGCGUACUGCUGGUGUAUUUCGCUUGGAAGUACCAAAGAUAUAGUGUUUACGCCAUGUUGGUUGUAAUUUUUAUAUCUUGUCUAAUUCCCACGUUCGUCGUGUACAGAAAUCAUUUUUAUCCGACAUUCAUGAAUUACAUAUCGACACUGAAUCAUCUUCCUGACCAUCGAAGUUACACAGAGUUAUACAUUCCCAGUCACACGAGAUCGACGCCUUACUUCGUUGGCCUGUUUGCGGCGUACGUUUAUCGCUACUUAAGGUUGGACAAGCCAAAAUUCCAAUUUCCGUGUCCAAACGUUUUGCUGGCUUUGCUUUCCAUUAGCUGUGCACUACUAUUUCUAACGGUCCACGUGUUCUACAUGUACAAAUAUAACCUAUGGAUGAGCAUCUUCUACGCGCUCACGUUCCGCUUGAUAUUCGCCGCCAUCACAUCAGCCAUCAUACUGAUAUUUGCCGUGAACAAGAUCAAAGGGUGUUUGACCAAUGUGUUUGUGCCACUUGGAAAAUUAACCUAUGGAGCGUACUUGGGCGGUUUGACCAUGCAGUUACUCCAGGUUGCGUCUGUUAGAUCUCCAACAUAUUUCAACCCUAAGCUAACGUUGUGGUAUGCUAUUGCAGAUAUAGUGGUUGGCUUCAUAGUGGCGUUUUUUCUGUAUACUUUAAUUGAAUCGCCAUUCGACACCUUACUUAAGCAACUCAUUCCCAACGCGAGUACAGGAAGUGGAAAAAUGAGAAGCCGGCCAAAUCCAAAUGUAUCGAGAAACAUAAAAAUGGCACCACAAUAAUAGUGUUUAUAUUAUUAUGUAAUUAGCUUUGAAUGUUUUGCAUUGCACCGCGCAAAACAGUAUUAUUAAGAUUUGUGAAAAAAUUGU